AUGCAAGUGCACUAUGAAAGCAGCACUGGGAAAGCCCUGUUGGCUCAGCGCUGUGCCCGGCUCUGCCCCGGCCGUGCCCGGCUCUGCCCUGGCCGUGCCCGGAGCUNGGGCCGGGCCGAGCCUGUUGCUGCGGCGGGGCCGCCCGGGCAGCCGCUCCCGCAGCCCCUGUGCCCACCCCGGCGGGGGAAAGGCGCUUUGCCCUCGCUGAGGGGACGGGGGGCGGCUGCAGUGAGCGCUGAGAGCCCCCUCCCCGCCCGCAGCCACUGCGGUGGGAAAGAAAGUCUGGCACAAUUCUUUGUCUUUAAAUCCUUCGUUUCUCCCCAGAUCUGGCAGUCUGCUCUGAGCACUCUGAAUCCCAACCCCACGGACAGCUGUCCCCUGUACCUGAACUAUGCCACGGUGGCCGCGCUGCCGUCCAGGGUCAGCCGGCACAACAGCCCGUCCGCAGCGCAGUUCAUCACCCGCCUGGUCAGGAACUGCCUGCCAGGAGGGGUCAACAGAUGCAUUGUUAUGGUGUGUGAGCGCUCUGAAGUCUUCGCCUCCGCCUGUGCCCUGGCCAGGGCCUUCCCCCUGUUCACACAUCGGUCCAGCGCCUCCAGACGCACAGAGAAGAAAACUGUCACAGUGGAAUUCUUCCUGGUUGGCCAAAACAAUGGACCAAUGGAAUUGGCAACGCUUAAAUGCCUGGCCAGUGCCACCGAAGGGGUCCGGCUGGCCGCGCGCAUCGUGGACACCCCGUGCAACGAGAUGAACACUGACAACUUCCUGGAGGAAAUCAAAAAAGUUGGUAAGGAUCUUGGGAUUACUCCUACCAUUAUCCGAGAUGAGGAGCUGAAAGAGAGAGGCUUUGGAGGUAUCUAUGGAGUUGGAAAGGCAGCUCUGCAUCCUCCAGCCCUGGCAGUUCUCAGUCACACUCCAGAUGGUGCCACACAGACCAUUGCCUGGGUGGGCAAAGGUAUUGUGUAUGACACUGGAGGACUCAGCAUCAAGGGAAAGACUACUAUGCCUGGAAUGAAACGAGACUGUGGUGGAGCAGCUGCUAUUUUGGGUGCCUUCAAAGCCACUGUAAAGCAAGGGUUUAAGGACAAUCUUCAUGCUGUUUUUUGUCUGGCUGAGAACGCAGUGGGACCACGUGCAACGAGACCUGAUGACAUUCAUGUUCUUUACUCUGGAAAAACUGUGGAAAUCAAUAACACUGAUGCAGAAGGUCGCCUGAUCCUGGCUGAUGGAGUCGCUUACGCCUGCAAAGACCUUGGAGCUGAUAUCAUUCUGGAUAUGGCCACUCUUACUGGAGCUCAGGGAAUUGCUACAGGAAAAUACCAUGCUGCUGUUCUUACCAAUAAUGAAGAAUGGGAAAAGGCUUGUGUUAAAGCUGGCAGGAAUUGUGGAGACUUGGUCCAUCCUCUGGUGUACUGCCCUGAGCUCCACUUCAGUGAAUUUACCUCUGCUGUAGCUGAUAUGAAGAACUCUGUAGCAGACCGAGACAAUACCCCAAGCUCCUGUGCUGGGCUCUUCAUUGCCUCUCACAUUGGCUUCGACUGGCCUGGGGUGUGGGUGCACAUCGACAUCGCUGCUCCCGUGCAUGCUGGCGAGCGAGCUACUGGCUAUGGCGUGGCUUUGUUGCUGUCCCUGUUUGGAGGGGCCUCUGAAGACCCUUUGCUAAACCUGGUGUCUCCCCUGGGGUGCAGUGGGGACUCUCCCCCCGAGGAGAUGGAGAGGGACUCCAAGAGACGGCGCCUGGUUUGACACGGCCGCAGCCCUGCCGGGGUGUGGGGUUACCUCACUUUGCACUGAUCUGUUCUCAAGCAAUGAAAUGUCACAUGUCAGAAAUUGCCUUUUUUUUUUUUUUUUUUUUUUUUUAACUAUCAUGAUAAGAUUUAUUACUUGUUUCUGAUAAAAACAGCCUGAUGUAUUGUUUAGUUUGUUUUGGGGUUUUUUUUUUUAAAUUAUUGGUGCACACAGUUGAUGAACAAUAUCAGUGGUGCAGAGUCCAGGCUCAACUAAUUAUAUCAGGAAGAGGCCACGACCUCCUCUGAGCUCCUCACAAAACCUAACCAAGUGCAUUAAUGCAUGAGAAGCUCUCUCUAGUCUGAACAAGCAACUGCAGCUAUUGCUUACAAAGUCUGAAUUACUUAUUAUAUGUGAGGUUUUAUCAGACAUUUCUGCAGGCCCCACUACAUCUCAGAACACAGGACAAGGAAAAAAAAAUCUCUGUAGACUUGGCUUAUUCAGAGACAAUUUAGCUUAGCAGCAAAGGAGAUGUAAUGAGAAAAGGCCUAUAGUUUUAAUAAGGUGCUGUUUCCGCAUGUUUUAAUGUUCUUCUGACCAGUAAAAUCAGCAAGAAGGGUUCAGAACAUAUCUCUAUGAAAUUGUUUCACAUACAAAUUACAGAAUGUAUUCAUGUUAAAUGGGGAAAACAAUAGAGGGACUGUGAUUGAGUAAAAUCGGUUUACAAAGCAGAGUGGCUUCUUGCCACUUAAUAAAUUUAUUAUUAUUAAAGAA